AGUCAACCGAUUACCUUGACGUCAUUCUCAUUCUCAUUAAUUUGUCUAUUUAGUUGUCUGACUGCACUCAUUUUGGGUUGCAUUUUGUCUUUGGUUAAUUGAUGCAGAUAUUUUUAUGAUGGGUUUUACAGUUUCACACGGAUUUCUGGCAAGGUUAUGAUUUGUGCUGUUCAACAUUUAUUGAAUUGGGCGGAUUUUAAGUUGUGAUUGGGGGGGGGCAAACUGGCAAUCGGAUCUGGCAACAUUGGUGAGCAGUCUGCCUAGAGCGCAACAUCUCAAGGAAACGUGCUGGAACGACGUGCAGGUUGGGAAACAACGAGUUUGGAAUAGAUUUACUUUCGUCUCCGUCGUCAUUUGCGCUGUUAGAACACCGUCAGUGCUGCAGAACAGCUUGUUAUCAAGCCUGCGCUUGCUAAAAACAAAUAGCGACGCCCCCUUAACCUAGCAUAGGUAGCAGAAGCUAAUAGCUUAAGUCGCGCAGUAACGUUAUCAGCUAGUUAGCUUUUAGAGAUUCAAAAAGCCGAGGGGCCAGGAUGCAAGAGGAUUAUUUGUGAGGAACGACCCCAUCUACGUGCCAUGUCUUUGGUUUUCCCACGAGCCAACACCAACGCAGUCCACGGCAAAAAGGAUAAGAGACUGAUGGCGGAAGUGAAUGCAUCACCGCUCAAGCAUUUUGUCACAGCAAAGAAGAAGAUCAACGGGAUCUUUGAACAGUUGGGGGCAUACAUCAAGGAGAGUGCUUCCUUUCUAGAUGAUAGUUACAAAAAUGAUGAGCUGGAUCCAGUCACCACAGAGGAGCAGGUCCAGGAGGUCCGGGGUUACCUCGCCAAGGUGGCAGGGAUUGGAGAAGUGCUGGCGCGCAGGCAUAUGAAGGUGGUCUUCUUUGGGAGGACCAGCAAUGGGAAGAGCUCAGUUAUCAAUGCCAUGCUGUGUGACAAGGUGCUGCCUUCUGGAAUAGGACACACUACCAACUGCUUCUUGAGGGUGGAGGGCACAGAUGGCAAUGAGGCCUUCCUCCUCACUGAAGGCUCUGAGGAGAGGAAGAGCAUUAAGACUGUGAACCAGCUGGCCCACGCUCUCCACCAGGAUAAGGACCUGGACGCCGGCAGCUUGGUCUGUGUCAUGUGGCCUAAAGCCAAGUGUGCUCUGCUCAGGGAUGAUCUGGUGUUGGUGGACAGCCCAGGUAUCGAUGUUACCACAGAACUGGACAGCUGGAUCGACAAGUUCUGCCUGGAUGCUGAUGUAUUUGUUCUGGUGGCAAACUCUGAGUCCACACUGAUGCAGACGGAGAAGUCCUUCUUUCACAAGGUCAAUGAGCGACUCUCCAGUCCCAACAUUUUCAUCCUUAACAACCGCUGGGACGCCUCAGCCUCAGAGCCUGAAUACAUGGAGGAGGUCCGCAGGCAGCAUAUGGACCGCUGCACCAAUUUCCUGGUGGAUGAGUUGGGUGUGGUAGACCGAGCCCAGGCCAGUGACCGCAUCUUCUUCGUCUCUGCCAAGGAAGUACUUCAGGCUCGUGUACAGAAGGCUCAAGGGAUGCCUGAAGCAGGUGGAGCUCUUGCUGAGGGAUUUCAAGCCAGAAUGUUUGAGUUCCAGAACUUUGAGAGGCGAUUCGAGGAGUGCAUCUCCCAGUCAGCGGUGAAGACCAAGUUUGAGCAGCACACAGUGAGGGCCAAACAGAUCUCUGAAGCCCUGCGCCGCAUUAUGGAUUCUGUACACAUUGCUGCACAAGAGCAGAGAAUCUACUGCUUUGAGACCAAAGAGGAUCGUCAGGACCGAUUGGAGUUUAUAGACAAGCAGCUAGACUUGUUGACCAUGGACUGUAAAGCCAAGAUCAAGAAGAUUACUGAGGAGGUGGAGAGACAGGUGUCCAAUGCCAUGUCAGAGGAGAUCAGGAAGCUUCAUGUGCUGGUGGAUGACUACCACAUGGACUUCCACCCAUCACCAGUGGUGCUCAAGGUCUACAAGAAUGAGCUCCAUCGGCACAUAGAGGAGGGUCUGGGCAAGAACGUGUCAGAGAGAUGCUCCACCUCCGUCACCAGUGCCCUGCAGGCCACACAGACUGACAUGAUCGAGGGUCUGAAGCCUCUGCUGCCCAACCCGGUUAGAGAGCAGGUGGACAAGCUGGUUCCUCGUCAGUGUUUCAGCCUCAGUUAUGACCUCGCCUGUGACAAGCUUUGCAGUGACUUUCAGGAGGAUAUCAGCUUCCACUUCUCUCUGGGCUGGACCAUGCUGGUGAACCGCUUCCUUGGGCCCAAGAACACCAGGCGGGCCCUAAUGGGCUACAGCGACCAGGUAACACAUGCAGGAACCAGAUCAGUGAGACAGCACCUGGAUGUUCUUGUUGAACUGAGUCAGUGGAGCUUCUAGAGAGGAGAUUUACAGUAUUCUUACAGGUUAUUUAGCAGAUGGCCUUCAUAAUGGGUUCUAAAUCACCUUGUGCAAGAGCAUUUUUGUAUUCCUCUCCUAAACCUCUGACUAUUUUCCAUGAGGUUUGCUUGUUCGGUUGGUUGAAUACCACUUGUUCAUUAGUAUUAACUCAUUUUGCCUAAUUGCUCAUACGAUAUACACACAUGCAUGAGCAUGUGAUAUACACACAUAUUUACCCACUUAAUUGCAGAAAAUCUCUCUUUAGGUGGAAUUAAAUGAUUUGUAUGCCUUCUGUUGUCAUGAUAGCCCACUGGCAGAUGCAGACAAAAAAUACAAUUAUUUUCAAAAGUGUACACAUUCACUGGGAAACUUAGGUGACAUGUUGGGAUUAACUGAUUUUGCCAUAACCACAGUUAUGUAACAUCUCAGUUUCAUAACCGUAAGAACUACAGAAGUUACGAUAUCUAUGGGGUCCUGCAUUGUUGCUCUGUUAAUACAAAUCUCAGGAGGUUUGAACUCGGCUGUGACUCGUUCACAAUGUGUUACCGUUUACUUUGGGGAUCUUGCAGAGAUAUCAUAUCACCGGCUGAGGAGGACUGUCCUCUCUUUCUCUGUGUAGCCAUUGUGUUGGAAGUAGCCAAAUGUUCCACUAUAAGAGCUAACUGGAUAUAGUUGAUGAUGAUAAUAAAUCGGCUACUUUAGUUCAUUAGCUGUAUUAGAAAUAUUUCAUAUUUCAUAAUUGUGAUAUGAUUUUUUCAUAUUGUGACAUCCCAUGUAAACAUGCAAUAUUUAUUUAUAUGUAACAUGUUGAGACAUGACUGAGCAAUCCAUGCUCCUCUGCCAGGCUUUGUUGGAUGAUGCUGUAAUAGGCAUGUAAUAGGCAUGUUGACUAACCUGUAACAUGGUUACUCUGGAUUUCACCUCAUAUCUUCACUUCUCAUAGAAACAUUGUAGCAUUGUGCUGGAUCAGGACUGUCGGUAGCAUUUAGAGCCAGUCUCUGCUCAGCUCUGUUCUCGCUGCAGGUCCCUCGACCAAUGGCCCUGACUCCAGUCAGCACCAGCAUGCCUCCAUUCCCACAAAGCUCCGUGACCCAGGAGGAGCUGAUGGUCUCCAUG